CCGGGGGAGGAGUUACUCCGCGGCUGCCUCGUCGUCCAGGCUGCAGAGCCACCCAUUUUCUUUAGUUCACGGGUUGGUACCUGCCGUACCUAGUCCAGGACAGCGGUCGCCUUCAGAAGAAGAUGCUUUGGGCGUAGCGAGCGCCGCUGCAAGCCGAGGGGACGCUCAGAUUCUGCUUUCGCCCCAUCCCGCAAAACGGUUCGGCCAUGGUGGUGCGGGCGGUGCUCAUGCGGGCGCUGAUCAUGGGGGCCCCUGGGUCUGGAAAAGGCACCGUGUCCUCCCGCAUCGUCCAGCACUUCGCCCUGAAACAUCUCUCCAGCGGGGACAUCCUGAGGGAGAACUUGAACAGGAAGACUGAAAUUGGUGUACUGGCUAAGUCGUAUAUUGAACAAGGGCAGUUGAUUCCUGAUGACAUCAUGACACAGCUGAUGCUGACUGAGCUGAAAACACUAGAUCAGAACCACGUGCUGCUGGAUGGCUUCCCCAGGACUGUCCCACAGGCUGAAUCGCUGGAUAAAGUGUGCCCAAUUGACACCGUGAUUGUUUUAGAUGUACCCUUUGACACCAUCAAACAACGUCUGACCGCACGCUGGAUACAUCCUGCUAGUGGCAGGGUGUAUAAUCUUGAAUUCAACCCUCCCAAAGUCUCUGGCCGUGAUGACCAUACAGGGGAGCCUCUUGUUCAGCGUGAUGAUGAUAAACCAGAAACUAUUAUGAAGAGGUUGAAGUCUUAUGAAGCAGAAACCAAACCUGUCCUGGAGUAUUAUCGAAUUAAAAGCGUUGACCAGAGGAAAUGCCCAGUGUCCUGGAGGAGAAAGGACGCUGAAAACAGAACAAAAUAUAACAGAUGGUAAAAUUAUUCCUGUCGUUUCAUAACUGGGAUGAGAGAAGAUACAUUUAUGGAAUGUGUGCUGCUUGUGUGCCUUUCUGUGUCAUAGGGGCAAGCUAUAGGAAGAGUACUUUAGAGUCAAAGCACCCAUCUUACGGAGUGGCUUGGAUCUGUGUAGCCCCAAAACAGUAUGGUAUGAACGCUGCUCCGGGAACCAAAACAGGACUUGGCCAAUGGUUAGAGUAGCUUCUGUCAUUUCCUAACUGGUCCCUGCAAGACCGUUGCUACUGAGAAAUGGUUUAUUGGUCACCAACUGCUCCCUGAGGCUAUAGCUUUAACACUGUAUCCUGUGUCCUUAUUCUCCAGAAGCUGCUGCAUCAGAGUCAUGAUGUAUCCUGUGUCCUUAUUCUCCAUCAGCAGGGCCGUUUUGAGUUGUGUUACUAUUUUAUUGAUUAUUAAAGUUAUACUUUGCCUUUCUGUUUGGGUAAACAGUCAAGGUGGUUUACAGCAAUUAAAAUAUGUAUUAGAAAACACUAUCAUAAAACCGCUAGAAAUGAAAUCAAAGUUAAGCGCUAACAUUUGUAUCAUUAAAGUUUGGCAAAAGAGAUGCAUUUCAGCCAUUUUCCUAAAUCCUGGGAGAGAAAGCCAAACACUCCUCUUGGGGAGGGAGUGCAUUCCAUGAUCUGGAAGCUCUACAAGAGAAAGGCCUCUCCCACAUGCCAGAUAAUCAAGUUUCUGACUGCAAGGCCAUCUUCAAAUGUCCAUCUCCUGCUGAGCUAAGUAAUGUGUUCUAAGUAUAGAAUUCAGGCACAGAAUAGGAUUUGAUGCAAAUCAUACUAAUAAAGUAAUAUAGCUUGACAAGUCCAUUAUGAACAAAACAGUAGGUUUGAAAUGAGGGAAGGCCAAAAGAUAAUAUAGAAACAGCUUGCAAAACUGAGGAAGGUUUUAAAAGGAUUUAAUAUGAGAGUGCAAAAACAAAUACACAUUUUAUAAAAGCUUGCAUACAUUUAUCCAUAAAUUCCUAAUUUUUUGGUCUAGUUGAGCUCCCAUUCUAGACUCUCUCAAGAUCUAAGAGUUGAAAGAAGAACUGUUAAUAUACAAAAAUAA